GCUGAGGCAAGAGCGGCGUGGCCGCAGCGGGACCUCCUCCUUCUUCGCUGGUGCCUCUCUCGGUGCCUCUGUCUCUCUCUCUGCCCUUCGCUGUCCCUCAGUGUCGCAUCUCUCUUGGCAGACUUGGAGUCGGUCCCACCCGGAGGAUCGCAGAGAUGGCGAAGUACACGAGAGGCACCGUGACAGCCUUCGCUCCCUUUGAUGCCAGAGCUGAUGCAGAAGCCCUUCGUAAGGCCAUGAAGGGAAUAGGGACUGAUGAAGAAACCGUGCUGACGAUUCUUGCCACCAGAAAUAAUGCUCAGCGUCAAGAAAUAGCUUCUGCCUUUAAAACCUUAUUUGGCAGGGAUCUUGUGGAUGACCUGAAAUCAGAACUUACUGGCAAGUUUGAAACCUUGAUGGUGUCUCUGAUGAGACCAGCAUAUAUUUUUGAUGCUCAUGCACUGAAGCAUGCCAUCAAGGGAGCAGGAACCAAUGAGAAGGUGUUGACUGAAAUUCUUGCCUCCAGAACACCUGCAGAAGUGCAGAAUAUUAAACAGGUUUAUCAGCAAGAGUAUGAAGCCAGCCUGGAGGAUAAGAUCACAGGAGAAACAUCAGGCCAUUUCCAGAGGCUGCUGGUGGUGCUGCUGCAGGCAAACAGAGAUCCUGAUGUUGGGGUUGAUGAGGCUCUUGUUGAGCAGGAUGCUCAGGUUUUGUUCAGAGCUGGGGAGCUGAAAUGGGGAACGGAUGAAGAGAAGUUCAUCACUAUCCUGGGGACCCGCAGCGUUUCCCACUUGAGGAGGGUGUUUGACAAGUACAUGACCAUUUCUGGCUUCCAGAUUGAGGAGACCAUUGACCGGGAGACCUCUGGUGAUUUGGAGAAGCUGCUUCUGGCAGUGGUGAAAUGCAUCCGAAGUGUGCCUGCCUAUUUUGCUGAGACCCUGUAUUAUUCCAUGAAGGGGGCUGGCACCGAUGAUGACACCCUGAUCAGAGUCAUGGUUUCAAGAAGUGAAGUUGAUCUGCUGGAUAUUAGACAAGAAUUCAGAAAGAAUUUUGCUAAAUCAUUGUAUCAAAUGAUUCAGAAAGACACGUCCGGGGACUACAGGAAAGCGCUGCUGCUCCUCUGCGGCGGGGACGACGACUGACGGGCAGGGACACGCAGCGCUCGUUGUGCUCCAGCUUUGCAGCCCCUCGUUAGCAUGUCUGCCUGAGGUUUUGUAUCUUAAUGCUUUGUGGCUGCUUGAAUUUAUACUAGGAUUGCACUUAGUAAAAAGGAGCGCAUUGUUAUCCCUCCUCUUCUCCACAUCCCAACUUCCAGGAAUUUCAAGUGCCUUUUGUGAUCUCUGCGAGGGUCACCUUCAUGGAAGGUGGGUGCUGAGGACAGAACCCAGUUCUUUACAGGUGUUUUGCUGAAAUAGGAAAAAGUAAUCAUGUAUUUCACAAUAAAUUCAAUAUUAUCCUUUUUUGCUUGUAUUCCUUACAUUUCCACUGAAUGUUAAGCUAGUUCUAACAUGGCAAGGAAAUCCUUUGUAUGUAAUAUUUGAAUGAAUUUUCUGGACAUAUUACAAGCAGUCAUUGGAAAUCUAAAGGACCAAUAAAUCUUUUCCCCUCUCA